GGAGGAGGGAGUUCAUAUAUUGCACGGUAGUUUUUGCCUAGAUAGAGUAGAUUAGUGGGGGAACUGGGCGUAACCGUAAUAUUCACCCUGCGCCCCUCCCUCUUGUUCUCCGGUUCCCCGCGGCAUACUCUUUCCUGCGCUCUCUCUCUCGGUUCUGCCGUGUCCCUCGCGUGCGCUCUGUCUCCGGUGGCGCCGCCUCCGCCGCCUCCGUCGCCCUGCGCCAGGUACCCAGACCAGACGAGCACCCUCCAGAUCAGAUUCGUGGAUAUGGCUGAUAAUGAGAAAGAAGUGGGGGAGGGAACCACCCCCCGAGGGGCGGACUGGGAAGUUGUGACUCUCACAGCAUCUGCCUAUGAAGCGGCGCCAGGACCUGUCAGGACAGAAGUAAAGCCUGUUAAUGAAAAUCAAGAGCAUAGUUCAUCCAAUGCACUGCUCAUGUCUGACCACUUUGUGUUUCCGCCGAGUGAGCACGAGAACCUGCCAAUACAAACCAGUUUCGAUGAGAUACAGCCUGAGAAGGAUGUGCAGAAACCUAGUACCACUGUGGAGGAUUAUAGUAUUAAGAAUGUUGUUGGGUCUGAGAGAGUUCAGUUUGAUGAUGAAGGGAAAGACCUCUCAGAUGAUGAUGUGGAGAUGAGAGAUGACACACCUGGGUACGGUUCAUCCCACACUGAAGAUGAUGCACAUGGUUUUGUUGUUCUCGAUGAUGGUGUUGAGUCCGGUGAAGAUUUUGAUGAAAAAUCAGGCCACCCUUCAGAUCCUGCAGACAGCAGGAGCUGUGAUACUGGCGCCUCAUGCAAAUGUUGGUUGAAGAAGCAUAUGACAUGCUUGUAUAACCAAGCAAAGGAAACAAAUGCUAUCUGGUCUGUGGUGGUUGCAGCUGCACUAGUUGGUAUUGUGAUUUUGGGACGUUGGCACAAAGAUAAAUUGCACCUUAACCAGCUUAAGUGGCGCUCUGGCUCAGCAGUGAGAGGAUGAUCAACAAGUCGUUUGUGCUGCUCUGAUGAAUCAAUUCAAUUCAAGUCAUAACCAAGACGGUUUCCGCAAUGUUAUUGUGAUGAUGACGAAAAGGGGUAUGUUCAAUGCAAUAAUAUGAUGUUCGACUGGAAUUUCACUUGCCGCCCUACAAUGAGUGCCUCGUGGGCUCUAAGAUGUCAAAUCCACUUCUGCCAUACACAUUAUCUUACAGCUUUACUUGCGACCUGGCACAUGAUUUUUGGUUCCUGCUACUUUUGCUGUGGUAUAUCAUAUAUGUUGACUAAAUGGCUGUAGAACAUAGCAGGAUUGCAUACUGCGAAGUCUGUUAAAAACUUGGUGGUUCUGCGAGAGCAUCUCACAUGCAAUUGUGAAAAUGGAGAACAAGGAAAAUUUGUUUGGCUUAUAUUUUGUCA